AUGUUCCGUCCUGCUUUCCGUCAACUGAGACCCUCUAGAAAUCUUGCGACCAGCAGGGCUGUUAGAGCGCAGGCGCAGACAACGCAGGCUCCACAAUCGCCAGACGCACCGAUAGUCCAGUAUGUCCGGAGGAAAAUAGAAGAACGACAGAAGCUGCAGGCCGAGCUAUCAGCAGAGGUGCUCUCGGAUGAGGACAUACGUCGAGUCCGGAGGAUCAAAGAGCUGGAACCUCUCCAGGAUGCUUGGACAAGGUGGAAGCAUGCCAAGCAGUCUUUAGAGGAAACACUAGCCCUCCUAAGCGAUCCAGAUCCAAUUAUGCGAAGCAUGGCCGAGGAGGAGUAUGCCACCCUCUCAAAGACAGUGAAUGAGAUGGUUCAGUCUACCUUUCCAACUCUCCUGGUCCCACCGUCGCAAACUGCCAACCUGUCCGCCAUCAUCGAACUUAGAGCUGGAGUUGGAGGCUCGGAGUCUGCCCUUUUCGUCGCCGACCUAGUACGAAUGUACACUCGCGCGGCUCAGUCCUAUGGAUGGAACGUCACGAUGCUCAAUAGCAACGUUCUCGAGUCAGGUGGCAUGAAGGAUGCCAUUUUGGAGGUGAAGGGAGAGGGUGCGUAUGAUGCACUGCGGUGGGAAAGCGGCGUGCAUCGGGUGCAGAGGGUCCCUGCUACCGAAGUCAACGGACGGGUGCACACGAGCACCGUUGGAGUAAUGGUCCUUCCGUUGACUGAAGACGCGGAGCCGGCGAGGAAUGCCGAUGACGACCUCUUCACCAUGGAUGAAAUCAAGCUCGAGGUCAUGCGCUCGAGGGGUGCUGGUGGACAGCACGUAAACAAAACCGAGUCUGCGGUCCGCAUAACACAUCUACCCACAGGCAUUACCGUUUCGAUGCAGGACGAAAGGAGCCAACACCAAAAUCGAAGACGAGCAUUUCAAGUCUUGCGCGCACGGCUCAUGGACAGGAAGCUCAAUCAAGAGAUGAUCCAGCGACGUGAUAUGCGGCGCGGCCUUGUGGGUAGUGUCGACCGAAGUGAGAAGAUCAGGACGUACAACUAUGCACAGGAUCGAGUUACGGAUCAUCGACUUGGUAUGUCUCUGAAAAACCUCACGUCAGUGAUGGAAGGGGACGCGUUGCAAGAUUUUCUCAAGGCCCUUCAACAGCGUCACCACGAUGAGCUGUUGGAGGAUGUCUUGUUGCAACAAUGAUGCCUUCGAGUCGUCAUUUCAAUUUUCUACGCCCACGCGCCCACGCUCUGAGCUUCCGGCUUUCUGACGCUACCAUAGUAGUUUAUGUGCAUGAUAAUGUUAUGUACCCUCGUCGUCUCUACUAGGCGCUAUGGGCCGUGUGGUCCGUAAUACGAGCAGCCCAUCUCCCAGAAA